GUUCGAUUCUUCCCCAAUGGAGAGUGGUGGUCCUCCUGUACAGUCCUCCCCGGUAUUUCGUGAGAAAUUCACCACCUCCUACGCUUGUCCCUCCUCACGAUGGCGUGGAUUCCAGGCUCUUCACCCAGGAAGAGGCAUGUACCAUGAUGUCCGCCGCCGGUUACCAUAUUACUGGAGCGAUAUCACCGACGCUUUUACCUACCGGACCGUUGCUAGUACCGUCCGCAUGUACUUUGUCAACCUGCUUCCUGCAAUAGCCUACACUUUAGACAUGUCCCGCCGCACAGGAAACUUCUAUGGGAUAAACGAGUCCCUCUUUUCGUCAGCACUGGCGGCAAUGGUGUUCAGCGUCUUGGCCGCACAGCCAUUAACUAUCGUUGGAGUAACGGGGCUGAUCUCGCUCUUCAACUACACAAUCUACGAUAUUAUAACGCGGUACGACCCAGCCAUAUACGCAAACUUCAUGUGCUGGACGGCCAUUUGGGCCGCAAUCUUCCAUUGGAUUGUGGCCGUCUGCAACUUUUGCGAUUAUAUGCGCUAUGUGACUGACUUUUCGAGCGAAAGUUUUGCAAUGUAUGUCGGGAUUAUUUAUUGCGUCAAGGGCGUAGAGGAGCUUAGCAACGAGUUCGCAUUGUACGGUCCAACAGCUGGAUUCCUCAGCUCCCUCAUUGCAGUCCUGUACUUCUUUACCGUCUACGGUCUUGAACGGGUCGGCUCCAGCACAGUCUGCAAGCCCUGGAUUCGGAAAUUACUCGCUGACUAUGCCUAUGUGAUAGGAACUCUCUUCUGGACCGGCUUCGUGCAUUUUCCCGGGCCCCUCAGAGAAGCCGGAAUCUCCAUGGUGCCUAUCACGAAGGCAUUUUACCCGACACAACCACGAGGUUGGCUGAUCCAUUUCUGGGAGUUGGAGGUGAAAUGGGUCUUCGCGGCGCUGCCUUUUGGGUUUCUGAUCAUGCUGCUGUUUUAUUACGAUCAUGCACAUGUAUCGCUGCCAGAAAGAGAGCGAAAGAGGCUAACAAGCCGCGCAGAAUAUCAGCAGCCUCACAGCGCAAGCUCGCCAUUUUCCGCUGAAGAAGCCGGCCGGCUUUCAUUGGGAUUUCUUCCUACUGGGAUGCACGGCGUUUAUCGCAGGAAUAACAGGGUUGCCGAUGCCGAAUGGGCUUGUGCCACAGGGAUAUCUGUUGACACAACUGUCCAGGCCCCUGUUCAUACCGACUCCCUAACAGUCUACGAAACCGACCUUGCUGUUCUCACCUACACCAACUCCGCCUGCCCCUCCAACGAUAUCACCAAAGAGCCCGAAAUCCGUUACCCAAUCACAAAAGCGACGUCUGUGACGGAGCAGCGCGUUUCACAUUUUCUCAUGGGCAUUGCUUUAAUAGGAACCAUGACUGGCCCCUUGCUUAUUGUCCUGCACUUAAUACCCGCUGCUGUCACUGCGGGUGUAUUCUUCAUUGUCAAGAGAAGGAAGAUCAUCCUAUAUCUUAUUUGUGAGAUCGUACCAGUUGCGGCUUGCGUGGCCAUCUCGCAGACAAUUUCCGCUAUCGGUUUUCCCAUCCUGAUCAUCGCAAUGAUCCCCUUUCGUGUCUGGAUAUUGCCGAGAUGGUUCAGCUUCGGCGAACUGCGGAUUCUGGAUAGCCUGACAACUAGUAAUAGUGCCGUAAUGGAGAGUCUAGGUGGGAAGCCGCAACGCCUGGAGAACUGGGAUGCGGAAUGA